AGAUGCAUCAGCAAAUAAAAGGGAGAACAAUGCUUUAAGUACCAAGGGAGGUAAAGCUAGUCAGGCUCUUUCACCCAAAAGAAAUUAAUGGGGUGUUUAGAGCUACGUCAACAGAUGAACAGCUCAGUGUCAUUCCAUAAUCAUGGAGAGACCGUUGAAGGGAGGGAGGUGAGUAGACUUCAGGGCUAUGUGUCUCUGCCCACCAAAUCGCUGUCCAUACACAUGCAAAUUCACGCUUUUCCCCUUGGAAGUAUCUACGUAUGCUCGCAUAGAAAUCCUCUUCAGAAGGGUAUUAUUGUAACAGUGUCUCUGCCAUGCCCGUGAAUAGCAGCUUUUUCAGAUUUCUCAAAUCUAUAUAAAAGUCCUCACUUCCACCUGCUCUUUCUAAGCUACCUCAACUCCAAGUAAGAUUUUCUUGAAAACCCAUGUGUCUGGUGGGUCGAAUUGGAUGAGACGUGAGAGAGAUGUCACUAAUUUUCUGUUUCUUAGUUGUUUUUCCUCUGAUUUUGGCGGUGGAAGCUCAGGCCGGUGAGGUUUUGAUCACUGGCAACAAGACGAUUCAGAGUGAGAAUGGGACCUUCAAGAUGGGGUUCUUCAGCGCCAAUGGCGGACCCAACUGGUACUUGGGCAUCUGGUACGCUUCUCUUCCUACCCCGACCUACGUGUGGGUGGCGAACCGCGAGACGCCGGUGAAAAGUGUGGAGUCGGCGACAGUGGAGUUGGGUGGAGAUGGGAGGUUGAAGAUAAUGGAGGUCGGUGGCUCCGUGGUGUGGCAAACGACGAACGUGGAGAAGUCGACGGCAGUGAAGCUAUUGGAGAGUGGGAACUUGGUGUUGUUAUCGCGUAAAGAAAAGGUGGUGUGGCAGAGCUUCGAUUUUCCGGCGGAUACGUGGCUGCCGGGGAUGAAUAUGACGGCGCAUCGAUCGAUAACGUGUUGGAAGAGCUCCGUGGAUCCCUCACCGGGAUCCUACUCUCUCCGGCUGAAACCGCCGGAAUACGGCGAGUUCGAGCUCGUGUUUAAUGGAACCAUGAUGUAUUGGUCCACCGGAAACUGGACCGGAGAUAGGUUCACCGGAGUGCCGGAGAUGACGAUUCCGUACAUCUACAAAUUCCGUUUCUUGCACCCGUUUACUCCUGCUGCGGCGUUCUGGUACACGGCGACGGCGCUGGAGAACGGCGGCGGAGGAGGGCGGCCUCCGCUAAACCGCUUCCACGUGGACUCCUCUGGUCUCCUCAGGCAGUACACGUGGUUUCCUCAGACCGACACGUGGAACAUGUUCUGGUCACAGCCGGAGAACCGCUGCCGGGUGUAUGGACUCUGUGGGAAUUUAGGCCUCUGCAACACUGUAACGUUGAAGCCCUGUGAAUGUCUCGCCGGUUUUCAACCAUCCGACGAACCAAGCUGGAGCUCCGGUGACUUCUCGGGCGGAUGCCGCCGUGAGGACAACAAUGUGUGUAGCGAGACCGAUGGCGGGUUCGAAGGAAUUGGCAGUGUUAGCUUCAAUGGAGCUGCUCUGGUUCCGAUUCCGGGAAAUUCGAAAUCUUGUGAAGCUUCGUGUUUGAUGAAUUGCUCCUGUAUCGGUUUGUAUCGAAAUGCGAGGUCCAAUUUGUGCUACAAUGUAUAUGGGCCUGUCUUGAAUCUGAAGAACUUGUCUUCAGAUAGCACAGAAGAAGGCGAAUUACACGUUAGAGUACACAGACGAGGAAACGGGAAGAAGAACAAAUGGAAAUGGCCUGUUUUGAUAGCCUGCGUCGCCGGGUUUUUAACGAUUCUGGGGUUAUCAAUGGCGGUUUUGCUGGUUUUCCGAAAGAGAAGACAGAGGAAGAAGAAGGUAGAGGAAGAGGAUGUGUUCUCAGUAACCAAUUUGAGGGUCUUCUCCUACAAAGAGCUCAACGCAGCUACUCAGGGUUUCUCCGAGAAGCUCGGGCAUGGAGGUUUCGGCACAGUAUUUAAAGGAGAAUUGUCGGAUUCUUCGCAGGUGGCGGUGAAACGGCUGGAGAGGCCAGGUGGGGGAGAGAAGGAGUUCAGGGCAGAGGUCUGCACAAUUGGGAAUAUCCAGCAUGUUAAUCUAGUGAGGCUCAGGGGCUUUUGCUCGGAAAAUUCGCAUCGGCUUCUGGUUUAUGAUUGUAUGCAGAAUGGUCCUCUGAGUGUGUAUCUGAGGCGAGACGGUGAGAAUUUGAGCUGGGAUGUUCGGUUCAGGGUGGCCAUUGGGACGGCCAGAGGCAUUGCAUACCUGCACGAAGAAUGCAGAGAUUGUAUCAUACAUUGUGAUAUUAAGCCUGAAAACAUUCUUUUAGACUCUGAUUUCAUUCCAAAGGUGUCGGAUUUCGGGUUGGCGAAGCUGAUGGGGAGGGACUUCAGUAGGGUUUUAGCCACAAUGAGGGGGACAUGGGGCUAUGUCGCCCCUGAAUGGAUAUCAGGUGUGGCGAUUACUGCAAAAGCCGAUGUGUACAGCUAUGGAAUGACACUGUUGGAGCUAAUUGGGGGCCGGAGGAAUGUGGAAACCCCGCCAUCCGCGGGCGGUGGUGCUGCUGCUGCUACAGGGGAUGAGUGGUUCUUCCCUCCCUGGGCUGCCCGACAGAUAAUUGAGGGCAAUGUGGCUGCAGUAGUGGACGAAAGACUCAGGGAUUCAUACAACACUGCAGAGGCCGAGCGGGUAGGGCUAGUGGCCGUGUGGUGCAUACAGGAUGAGGAGGCUGCCCGGCCUACAAUGGGGAUGGUGGUGAAGAUGUUGGAAGGAAUUGUGGAAGUGGCAGUUCCCCCACCACCAAAGUUGCUCCAGGCACUGGUCUCUGGCGAGUCUUUUCAUGGGGUUUUGGCUGAAUCCGGUGGGACAUCCACCGGGGAUGCCAAUUCACAUUCCUCUCAUAGAUGGUGAAUGUGAAUGUGAAAGUUGUUAAAGAACAAGAAACAAGCUUUACCUCAUGAGGUAAGUAAAAAACUCAAUCUGACUACAUUACAAGUCAGAUUUUUAGGCUAUUUUAGAAAGAAAUCUCUUCUUCAAAUUGCAAUAACCAUUUACCACUAUGUUCUAGGUUUUGCCCCGAGUAAAAUUUAUGUUUUUGGCUGAAUUUUUCCUAGAAAAGAGUAGAGUUUGUUCAUGAUACAAGUAAGUUGGUUGUGAAAAGUUAUGGUUCAAUGUGAUGGGGUGGUUUAUGAAAAUUUAUGGCCUAAUGGUUGAGCUUGUCUAUCUGUUUA